UUCAAUCCAGCAAGCCCUAACCUGUGGAAUCAUGUAGCUAGGUUGGGGACCCAGCACAAGGAAUGGCUGGCAGCUCUGUGCUUCUCCACUCACAUGAUAACCAAGAGCUGGCAGCAUGCCCAGGAAGAAAAAGAAUAAAAAGAAUAAAGGAGAAAAUAUCCCUACUGCCUAUUGGCAUCCGAAGUGAUGGAUGAAGAAGAAGUAAAGUGGGGUCUGCUAAACAGACUUGCUAAUCUGGGAAGACAAGUGUCUCGGUUCUGGCAUUUCUUGAAGAAUCCUGUAAUGCAAAACUCCUCCUCUGGGAAAUUCAACUGCUAGAGUUGUCCUCCUCCAGUACAACUUUUCUGUUUGUCCUUGAUUUCCUUCUAGUCCUCAGAAGAGGCAAAUUAGUCUCAAAAGAAGAAUCUCAGAAUCAUCUCUAAACGGUCCAGGACCGUUAUGUCCAGGUUAUGUCCAGGACCACAGGCAAGAUCUAGCACACUUGUUGACACAGAUUCCUUCAUUGUUUUCAUUCCCCAAAGGUCAAGGUUUCACUAUUCUGGCAGAAGCUAUGCUAGCAAUCACACUGCCCUGCUUCUCUGUCCUAGCCCCCCUAACAUAGUUCCUUUCACACAUGCUUUUCUCCUACAAUGAAAGCAAAUCUCUAGGUUCCAAUAGAUUCAGAUGUGACCAAACUUAGUGAAAACACAGGGAAUCUCAUUGUACUACUACUACAACAAUCCCUGCUAUGAACCUGGCUUGAGGCUGGAUUUAGGAAGGUUCAACUCUCCAUCAACCUCCCAUUACUGUCAAGCUUUUUUUGGAUAUGCAACAAUUUGAUGGAUGGAGGCAUUCCGCCAUUUUAUUGAAAUGAAUUGAAGAAAAAUCAUGCAGCCAGAGGGAUGAUUAAAAAAUGCAAAUGUGUAGUAACUGCAAUGUGUUGUCUGUACUCAUUGUUGGGGCAACAGAGAUCUAAGAUUCUGUGCCCAUACUGCUUACAAAUUUUAUUCUAAGUAGUCACAGAAAAGGCAAAUAGGAGAGAGAUAAUAUAAGGUUUAGGGACCAGAGAUUUGUGGUUUCCACUUCCAGCUGAAUUUGGUAGAUGCAAACCAAAAUCUUUUAAUCUGUCCUCAGAGAUUUUACCUUUCCAGCUACCCUGUUCCCCAUUUCAUGGUAACUCCUAUAUUUUCAUGCACACUCUUACACACUCCUUAGUUACUCUAUGGCCUCAUUGUGGGGGAAAGUGAUAGAUCCAGGUUUGAACUAUUUCAAAAUCAGGACAAAGGUUGGUUCAGGUCUCAAGAGUUGUUGAAAGCCUUCCCGCACUAUGAAAUGACAGAGAGCCUCGUAUAAAGGACACUCUAUUUUAGGUCUAAGGUGUAUGGCUUAAUAGGUAUCAAUUUGAUUAAACACAUUAUAUGGUAAAGGUUUUGACAGACUACGAACCUUCUGAAUACCCAGAGACCAUUUAAUUUUUAUCUGAUCAGAAGAACCUAAUGUCACUGCACACGCUACAAUGGGAACUCUAAGACAAAUACGAAGUUUUGGUAUCUGUGUUACCUGUACGUAUCCUGUAUCAACUGGUAUGGUCUUUGCCACUCUUCUAGUUUCUUGCUGUGCAUCUUUGAAGAUAAGAGCUAGUCCACUUGUUCAUAAUUCACCUUUCCUUUCUAUUUGGAACGCUCCUACAGAGCUUUGUACUGAAAGGACUGGAGUACAGCUGGACAUGAAAUUUUUUUCUUUCAUUGGGAGCACAUUGAAGACAUCCAUUGCACAGAACAUCACUCUCUUCUAUCCAGACAGGCUUGGCUACUAUCCUUACAAAAAUGAAGUCACAGGAGAGGCAUUCAAUGGAGGACUCCCUCAACUCUCACCGCUGGAUAAUCAUUUGAAAAAAGCCAAAGAGGACAUUCAGUUCUAUAUUCCUUCAGAUGAACAGUUUGGAUUGGCUAUCAUUGACUGGGAAAACUGGAGACCUGUGUGGAUAAGGAACUGGGGAUCAAAAGACAUUUAUAGACAGGAAUCCAUUGAACUGGUUCAGCAGAGAGACCUCAGUCUAUCAGAAGCCGAAGCCAGGACUAUAGCUAAAACGGAAUUUGAAGAUGCAGCAAAAUCAAUUAUGUUGGAAUCUUUAAAGCUGGGCAUAGAAAUGAGGCCAAAUCGUCUCUGGGGAUAUUACCUCUAUCCAGAUUGUUAUAACUAUGAUUACAAACAAAACCCACAUAAUUAUACAGGAACUUGUUUAGAUAUUGAAAUAGAAAGAAAUAAUGAGCUUAACUGGUUGUGGGAGCAAAGCACAGCACUUUAUCCAUCUGUAUAUCUAGAGACAGCCUUAAGAUCUUCCAGAAAUGCCCCACUCUUUGUUCGCAACAGAGUUCAAGAAGCAAUUAGAAUUUCGUAUGUCUCUAAUUCUUCUUAUCCCCUUCCAGUUUUUGUAUAUACACGUCCAGUAUUCACAGAUGCCUAUGAGGAAUAUCUCUCCCAGGAUGACCUGGUAAAUACCAUCGGAGAAUCUGCUGCGCUGGGUGCUUCUGGAAUUGUGAUCUGGGGUGAUAUGAAUUUAACACAAAGUAAGAACACCUGUAGAACUCUGGACAACUACCUUAGGAGGACUUUAACCCCAUACCUCAUCAAUGUCACAAUGGCAGCCAAAAUAUGUAGCCAAGUGUUAUGCCAAGACUCUGGUGCUUGUGUACGGAAAAAAUGGAAUUCCAGUGAUUACCUUCACUUGAACCCUGAGAAUAUUGUCAUUCAAAUGACAAAGGAUGGAAAAUACACUCUACAAGGACAACCAGCAUUUCAGGACCUGCAAACAUUCAUAGAAAAAUUUGAUUGCCACUGUUAUGCAGAGCACAGCUGUGAGCCUAGAGCUGAUAUCAACGACAUCCAUUACCUCCAUGCUUGUAUUUCAGAAGAUAUUUGCAUUCAGAUAUCCUCAAAUUCAGUUUCUAAUAUAGAAACCUCUGAAGAAAAGAUCCUGUCUAAUGGAACUGUAUUUUCAUUCACCUCUCAGAGUAAGGUGACAUUAUCUGCACGUCCUGAAAGAGAUUUCCAAUCUACCUUAGGAAAAAAUAUAACAACUGCAGAAUACAAGAAUGGCAUAGCUGCCACUAGAUAUGAUUUAGAAACAAAUUAUACUCAUACUCUCAGUAGUUCUUCAUCCUAUAAGAUAAGGGUGAUUAAUCUGUUUUGUUUAAUUCUAAAUUUGAGAACCUUAAUAUGAAUGACCCACGAAAGCGAGAAUAUUAUUUUCCCUGGCUAUGUUUACAAUUCUAAAGGCUUUACUUACAAAGCCAAAUCACUCCCGAAAGGCAUAUGGUCUUAUCUGUAUCAGGUAACGAUUUCUAUUCCAUAAGUGACACUUCAGCUUGAAUGUAUUUCUUCAGUUUAGUUCUAUAAACUACUAUUUGUGCCAAAGAUACAUUGGUCUGUACAUACCGAUUAUGCCAUAUGAAAGGAUAAUCCAGAAUAAUGAACAUUUUUUUACAUUUUACACUUCUAAUAUUUACAUUUGAAAAAAAGAAAAAAUAAAGGCGAUAAUGCCAUUUUGUAUACUUGUGAGUUAAGCUAGUUAAAUACAUCUCAAUCUGGAUUUCAUUGAGUCACAGCGGUCAACAGGUUUGAUGGUCUAUGCAGAAUUCAUUUCAUUCUAUAUGAAAAUCAGCUCUUAAAAAUAUUUGGCUUCAUUUUAUAUCUGUGGGACUUUGCAGCAUAAAAUUUAUCUGAUUAAUGUAAUGUUUCUCCACUUUUGACAAUAUCUACAGGGACAUUGUGGGUUUUCUUUUAAUUAGAUAUAUUUAUAACUCUUCAAAAGAUUCUAACUUUAAUGUAAAUGUCAAAUAUCACAGCUUCAUUAUUAAAAACCUGAGCUGUAUCAGUUUAUCCUUUCUUUUCUUCUACUUCUACACCCCUCCCUCCCCUCCUAUUCAGGUGUCUCCCCCUUGGCUUUCCAGUUUUGUCUGGCUGAUACUCACAAUUAAUCUGACCUACCUCUGCUCUCCCUACCGGCACUGAUUAUGAGUCCUAGCUUCUUUGCCCAGACAGCCCUACCAACUGGAUAGGACUGUCUGUGCCAUUUGGUAAAAUGCCUGUGAGCGUGGGACUUUCCCUAUGACUUUUUUGAGCUGUCUCUUUGGUGAAAACCAGUUUGUUCUCUAAGAAAACCCAGCAGCGGAGGCUGCAAGCUGAGUGACACUGAGGACCUGGGACUCCCUUUCUUUACUUGCAGUGUCUAUGUUCCUCAGUCCCAUGACCACCUUUUUGACCUCAGUUCUGCUGACAGAACUAAGAUCAUUUGCUUAAUCUUAUUCCAUUGCCAAAAGUAGCAGAGAUAUCUCAGAAGAAAAUGACUCCCAGUAUCAUAUCAGGAGUCUAGUUAUGAUAUAUGUGUAGUCAGUUUAAGCAUUUAGAAGCAAUUAACUGCAGCUUAUUUGGUAAAAUAGCCUUUUCAAAUUAUUAUGUCAGAUGCUUAAUAGACGGCUGAAUUUCUGAUGGGUGAAGAGCAGCUGCUGGCAUGGAUACAUUAAAAAAGUCUCCCUAGAGCUAGGCAUGAUCUGCAUAAACAAAUCACCUGCUUCAGUAAUGGAAAUACCUGGGAUUCAGUAUAGCGGCUGUUUAUUUACGAAAAGCUCAUGCCUUAAUCUAGCAGAAAACACAUAUUAUACCCAUUUCCUCUGAAUUUUCAGGUUGUCAGUCAUAACAGAUGUGCAGAAAAAUAGAUGAGGCCUUUAGAUUUAACAUGGAAAAAUAAUGUUUUAUGGCUUUUGGACAGCAAGUUAUCAAGAGGAAGUGACAAUUUUCUCAUGGCAGUGAUGGUGUUCAGUCCACAAGUGAAAGCUAUUUCUGCCAAUAAUGUUCCAAGUAAAAUAAUGAAUAAAAAAUAUAUAUGUGGCAGACUGUUUGGUACAAACAAAGCCAGUUGGUUUUGACCGUCUCUGUAAAAACAUGUUGUUUUCACUGCAGCUUUGAUACUGGUUAUUUGAUUUUGGGUAAACAGAAGCCAUGGUAUCAUAAUUCCUGUACGUGAGGUCUGGCCCUUUCUCACUGCAAUUGUGAUAACUAUCAAAGGCUUUCUGAAAACGGGAAACAUCACUGGUCAUGCCUUAGCAUAUGUCAUACGACUUACAUGAAGUUUUUUUUUUUCAGCAGAACUGUUGAACGUGGCUAAAAUUUUAUCUUGGCACACAGAGUGCUGGUUCAAAGGCUGCAGUGCUUUUUUAAAUGUUUGGCAGUGUCCUGAGGCUAGGCUUGUUUGUAUCUAGCACUGUGAAAGACACUGGACCUGUAACACUUCAGGAUAAGAGAGCUCGUAGGUUCACAAAAUCUACAAGUUUUGCCAUAAACACUCUUGACCCACAGGCAGGUAACAGCAAGCAGAGCUUUUGUGACGGGGAAAGCGUGAAAUAGCCAGAGAAGGAUGAAUGAGAAGUUAAAUCACAGAAGACUUAAGACACAGCAGUCAGGACCACCCAGCUGAUGCGGAGAAGUGAACUGCUUAAGUUAAAGAGCAGCAGGGAAUGUAGACAGACCACUUUCUCCCCAUUCAAUAUUUUUUAUCCACCUGGUAUUUCAUAUGACAGCCUUUCCUCGAGGCCCAAUAUAAAGAUAAAUGAACACAGUAACUGAUAUGUUAGAUUAGACCCAUCCCUCUGAUUCCAUCUCUUUUCUUGAGAGCAACCAUGACCAGAAGAGUAAAAGGAAGGUGAGAAGAAAGCAGACUAUCAUAAUAAACUGUCCACAGAAAUGUAUCUUCCAAAGUUUCAUGCACAAACAGCUAUCUUGUGCUCUGAUGCAGAAUAUUUUACUAACUACCUUUUGAAUGUUCAUGUGGGAUAUUUAUGGUACUUGUAUGUAUCCGCAAUUCAUGCUUUAAAUCUUACAACCUUCUUGCCAUAGUGAGAUUCAGGCCAGCUAUGUGCUGUGGAAAAUCAUAGUAUUUUCCAUAUAUAUUGUUUUCUCUAUUACAUUUGUCUUACUUAUAUUCUAUGCUAAAAAGUCACCAUGGAAUCAGUGAAUCUUCAUGGGGUAAGGAAGGAGAAAAGAAGGCAAAAGGAUGCUAUGUCUUGCAUUGCUGGUGACUCUUUUGUGUUCAAAGCUGAACUUGUAUUCUCCUAAAGUGGACCUCCUAAAAAAAUAUUCACCUUCCAUUCACUGCAUUUUCUGUAACCUUACAGUUUCAGUUUCUUAUGCUCUUGUAUUUUUCAAAAGAUUAAAUAUUAG